GCUGCAUUUCAUAACAUGAUCAGUGUGCAUACCUCUUCCCCAGAUCACACAAUCCACCACCCUGCAGUCAGAGGACAACGGCUCCCUGCUGAUGGACGACACCUCCAGCCAUUCAUCUGCCACCGUAGACAGCGAGGAGGAGAGGAGGAGUGCCUUAGAGAAGAGCAUGUAUGUGCUGAAGAGCUGAUUGAGACAGAGAAGAUGUACGUGGACGACCUGGGCCUCAUAGUGGACGGCUACAUGGGCACCAUGAAUGCCAAAGGCGUGCCGGAGGACAUGAAGGGCAAGGACAAGAUCGUGUUUGGGAACAUCCACCAGAUCUACGACUGGCAUAAAGACUAUUUCCUGGGCGAGCUGGAGAAGUGUGUGGCUGAGCCAGAGCGACUUGCUCAUCUGUUCAUCAAGCAUGAAAGACGGCUCCACAUGUACGUGGUGUAUUGCCAGAACAAACCCAAGUCGGAACACAUAGUGUCAGAGUACAUCGAGACCUACUUUGAGGAAUUGAAGCAGCAGCUUGGCCAUAGACUGCAGCUAAAUGACCUGCUAAUUAAGCCUGUGCAGCGUAUCAUGAAGUACCAGCUGCUGCUGAAGGACUUCCAUAAGUACUACACCAAGGCGGGGUUGGCCACAGAGGAGCUGGAGAAAGCGGUAGAGGUGAUGUGCUUCGUGCCAAAGCGCUGUAAUGACAUGAUGAACGUGGGUCGGCUGCAGGGCUUUGAGGGGAAGAUCACUGCUCAGGGGAAGCUCCUGCAGCAGGACACCUUCACUGUCACAGAGCUGGACUGUGGCUUCCUGUCCAGAGCUAAGGAGAGGCGGGUGUUCCUGUUUGAGCAGAUCGUAAUCUUCAGUGAGCCAAUUGACAGGAAGAAAGGCUUCUCAAUUCCGGGAUAUAUCUUCAAAAGCAGCAUCAAGAUAAGCUGUUUGGGCGUGGAGGCAUGUGUGGAGGGUGACCCCUGCCGCUUUGCGCUGACGUCCCGCGGGGCUGAUGGGAACACGGUGCGCUUCGUGCUGCAGUCGUCCUGUCCAGACACCAGCCAGGCCUGGACGGCCGACGUGGGCCAGAUCCUGGAGUCGCAGCGCAACUUCCUCAACGCACUCCAGUCUCCCAUCGAGUACCAGCGGCGGGAAAGCAAGUCCAACAGUCUGGGCCGCAGCAUGAGGCCCCCCCUGUCAGCGGCGGCCGGCCUCCGGCCCCACUCCUCGGCCUCCAUCGACCGGCACCGGCUGCCCUGCCUGCGCUCCCACAACGCCUCACUGCCCUCCCUCUACCUGCCCAGCCAGGGCCCCGCAGACACCCAGCUACAGCCAGAGCCGUGCUGUGCGGACAGCAGUUUGAGCCAGACCGUCUCCCCAGCCCAUGUCCAGCUGGCCUUUGGUGAGCAGACCCCCAGCGCCCCCCACUCCGCCCUGCACCACCCUGGAGUGUCCAACGGCCUGGGCCCAGCCUCCUCCAGCAGCACACAGAGGGGAGGGGACAGCUACCACAGAGGCAUGAUGGGAGACGGUGGUCAGGUGCCUGGCUCCUCCCUCCCCCGGCGCUCCAGCAAUCUGGCCCAGCUGGACGAAGAUGACCUCUGAAGAGCCACACCACCAUCCUCUUCAUCAGCACCACCGUCAUCGCCAUCUUCGUCAUCACCGCUGUUGUCUUCAUCAUCAUCAUGUCUUUAUUAUUUAUCUUUCCUUUUCUUGUGGCUCUGUCUUUUUAAUCACUGACGUUCUCAUUGGAAUGACCAAGGGACUAUUUUUGCCUAAUUUUUGCCUGUUCUUUUGUCGUUUUUGAGGACAAUGUAAUUUGUUCCAGAGAAUAAAUAACCAUUCCUUUUUUGGGAGGUCACUGGAGUUGAAGGAAAAAAAAAAAAUACUUCAAUAUGUUUGAAUGAAAGUGACUGAGCUGUGUACUAUGCUGAGCUGUGAACUAUGCUGAGCUGUGAACUAUGCUUGUCCGUGUGUGUGGGUGCCUAUAUGUGUGGAUGUGAACAAACAUGGAGAUCCCGCGACCGACGGCUUUCUUUGUUGUGGACGUGCAGUUUAUUUUCUUCUUCAUGGCCACAAGUGGACACACGUCUGUGGAACGGAGCUUGCAGUGGGCCUUUCGGUUCCGCUGGACCUUAAAGUGUUUCCCCUCCCCCUGCCGCUGCCUGUUGCUACAGACGGCCCACUCCAGCUCCUGCCCACCUCCAGGACGUCUGCUGCGCGAGCAGAGCACAGCUCCCCACCUUACUCAAUGCUCCUGUUCUUUCUGAUAUUUGAGGAAGAAAUGGACAGUCGACACAAUGAAAUUGUACAUAUGAAGAUGGACUGAGGCUUGAUUGUUUGGGACAAAGCGAGCUCACAUGUGGCCCCUACGGCUGGGGUGGGGGGUGGGGGUGGGGUGUGGGGGUGGAUUCUGCUCUGGGGCUCUGCUUGUCUGAGACCAGCUCCUGACUGCCGGGGGAGCAGUUGGCCGACGCUGACGCACAGGUGAGAGAGUCUCAUGGGACCAUCGCAUUGGCCCUUACUGGACAGGACAUGACAGAGGAGAGUGGAGGCGGAAAGCGAGAGGGGAGGGAGGAAGACGAGUCCUCUCUGUGUGCUGGGGGUGGACAUGGCGAUCUCCCCUGAGCCCGGUCAGCGCAGUGGCGGACGCCAGGAGAGGCUCGAUUCCAUGAACUAGAAAGGAAUGCUGGAUGUGUGCCUCCCAUGCUCCUACCUUCACUCUUUCAUUCUCUCUCUCUCUCUCUCUCUCUCUCACACACACACACACACACACACUCUCACAGGUUUCUGCUCGUUAGAUAGAGGGGUGUAGCCUGGUUUAACCAGACCCAAGACAAAGCUGAGAGCUGUACGCAGGCGGAGUCAGACUACACAGGCUUAUCCAAAUUUCAAACACGUCUCCAGGGACCCCUUCAUUUCAAAAGCAGCAAAGAAGGGUGGUUUGAACAUAUCUUUUCAUUUCAGGACAACUCCCCCCAACAUCAUUAGACAAAGUGCCAAAUAAGCUGGUGCCAGACCCUUUUAGGUUGAAGUAGAGAGAAAAUAAAAUGUCCCAAUUUGAAGCAGUUUCUAUACUAAUAUUUUGAUACUUCUGUCAGUGCAUUGUUACUGUCAGAUCUUUUGGCAAAUUGGAAUGAUCCAUUAAUAUUGCUGGUAUUCAUUUCGUGUCCUUUUGUAAAAACAAAAGAAAAAAAGGCUAGUUUUGUUUUUGCCAUUUUGGAUUUUGUUCAAAUUUUCAAUUUGUGUUAAUGUUUGGUGUCCUUCUAAUCAAGUCAUUCUAACAAAAUGGGCAGUGGGUAAGGCUACACUGCAAGUUACUGGCACUGAUACCCAUUUAGCCACCAGACAUCCCAGACCAGUUGUAGUAUUGAUUUCUAGCUGAGUUGUAAGACAUGAAGCACAAGUGGCCAGAGCUCCGAUGCCUGGGCCUUAGACUAGAUUAAUUACCCCACUGAUCCAGGAGAGGACGCCAAAGGGCUCUGCUGGGAAACAGUACAGCUCUUCAAAGGAGCUCUUGCAUCUUGUCUGUUUGAUCUGAAUUUGUUUUUAACAAUAAAGCUUUACCAAAGGUGGCCAGAUAAUUAUAGGCAUGUCUUCAAGAAACUGUUACACAAAAAUCCAGGAAUGGCUUGAUUGAUUGCUUGUCAAUCCACUCAUGUUUUACAUAUUCUACCAGUUCUCUGCUGAGGAGCAAAGAGCUGGUCAAAUGCCCUAAUCUGGGUUUAGAGUCUGGCAGUUGUGCAUGUUGUAUUGAAAAGUACCCCUACAGAUAUACAAAAUGAAAUGGAUAUAAAGUAGGAAAAAAUAUGAAUAUGUCUAUCUGACAGAAAUUCAUUGUUGUACUAUAUCAAAUAAAAAAGUGUCUUUUUGAAAUACAACCUUCA